GAUUUGAAACAGACAUGUUGAGUCUCAAUAUACAGGAACUGACAAAAUUUAGCCUUAAAAAAGUGGAUUCCAGUCAGUGUCAUUCACGGUGAUAUGAUGGAACUAUAUGGGUGGGGGUAUCCUUAUUAAUGCAUGUAUUCAUUUAUUUGAGAGGGUGGUGGAUGCCUUGCAACUGCUGCAACUCUGCUAAAGAAUUUACCACCAAAUGUAAAAGACAGUCUCAGUGUGAAAUGUGAUAAUAGGCUAAAAAGACACAAACAUACAGAUUUCCAGACAAUGCUGCUGCUACUGGCUGCAGCUUCAAGACUGCAAACGUAUUAUCUUUUUUACAGUUGGUCAGGGUCAAAGUACACAUCAUUUUAUUUGAGGACUUUGGGCUGGCAGCGGAGGUGAUUCUUCGAGACAUACCACAGUUUUCAGGAUGUUUCACCAGUGGAAUGGACAGUCCCCUAAAUCUAAUCUCAGCGCCAUCAGUAUUUUGAUUUUUCAUCACACUGCUGUCUUCCUUCUUGUAAUACACUGUUGUGGAGGUCAGUCCCAGGUGGUUGGUCCUACUAAGCCAAUACUGGCGAUAGUUGGUGAUGACAUUAUUUUGCCAUGUCACCUGGAACCUGCCAAGGAUGUUGUUGCUGAGACUUUGGAGUGGGCGAGAUUUGACCUGAGGCCCAGGUUUGUCCAUGUGAGGCGUGAUGGUUUGGAGCUUUUGGUUAAUCAGAAUCCAUCAUACAUAGGAAGAACAUCAGUGUCCACUGACAAACUGAAGCAUGGAGACAUGUCACUGAAACUCUCCAAAGUUAAACCCUCUGAUGAGGGAGAAUACAGAUGCCACAUUCCAGGACUGGGUACAUCUGUGGUUGAGCUUGCUGUUGGUGCUGUCUCCUCACCUUUCAUAGUGAGUAUUGACAGAACCAGCAGUGGGGUGAUUUUACAGUGUGAGUCUGCAGGCUGGUAUCCAGAGCCUGAGGUGUUCUGGCUGGAUGGUGAGGGAAAGCUCGUCUCUGCUGGACCUACAGAGACAGUCAGAGGUCCUGAUGACCUCUAUACUGUCAGCAGCAGAGUGACUGUGGAGAAGAGACACAGCAACAGCUUCACCUGUAGAGUCCAACAGCAGAACAUCAACCAGGCCAGAGAGACAGAAAUCCGAAUUCUAGAAGAUGUAUUCAUGGCCCCGUCUUCUUCUGCUGUUCGUAUCAUCGUGGUCUUGUCUGUUUGUUUCCUGCUUUUUUCUGCUUUUUUCUUAGUUUUUUGGAAACUAAGCCAAAACAAAGGCCCUAACAAGAUGCACCAUGACAACGAAACUGAAGAUGGAACAGGAGAAAGAGAGCAGUUCGUCAGAGGAAGUACGAAAAGGAAGGAUUUGGAUGAGGAAAAGUUACAAGAGAAAGAGAAAGAACAGAACGACAUGAUACAUGUGAUUUCAGUAUUGAUGGAACAGAAGGAAGAGAAAGAGAAAGAACAGAACGACAUGAUACAAGUGAUUUCAGUAUUGAUGGAACAGAAGAAAGAACUGGAGAACUCCAGAGACAAACACAUGUCACAGCUGGAGAAGGUGGGGGAAGGGUCGAAGAAGAAAGAGAAGAAACCUGAGUCAGUGAAGAGUAAAGUCAAAUGGAAGAAAGGUGACAAAAAGAACAAGUCAUUAGAGGGCAAACAGGAUCAGGGAAACAGAAAGACAGAAGAUGAGAACAUCAAGGAAAAACUACAGAAAACACAGGAAGUGAUUACAACAAUAACAGAAUGGAAGCAGAAAGGAGAAAACCAGAUUGAGCAAAUUAAGAAACUACUUGAUGAGACAAAGAGACAGAGACAUGAGAUUCAGUCAGAGCAGCUAGAGAGACAGGAGGAGACGAACAUAAAUACUGAUUCAUCAACAUCUGGACGAGUUAAUAACAGACUCUCCACAGUCCACUGAAACACAAUCUGACAGUGACAUCAGAAGCACCGUAUUUACAGUCCAGCAGUCCAGUUCAGGACAAAACACAGCGACAGUUCACAGUGGAGUUAGACAGCAGACUGACUGACUCUGAUUAAACAGGACAGAUGAUGAAGAACAUAAGUAGAGCAGCAGGACAGAGUUUAAUAUAACUAAUGUUAUAUGACUAAUAUGACUUAUAUUAAACUAUAACUAAGAUUAAUGUUUGCAGUUUUUAAUUAAAUACUUAGAGACGACAAUAAAAUGUCUGUUUUCAUUAUUUUUCACUGUGUUGUAAUAUUGUGAUUGGUUUUAUUCCAUGGUGAGAAGCUACAUAAGAAUAAAUACAGUCUAUACAGUUUGA